CGCGAAUUUUUGAAAAUACUUUACGCUGCCCAACGCAGACACCUCAUCUCCCUCCCACCCAUCAUAUAUACGGAGUACUUCGUAUCUACACUGACAGAUUUCUGAGCGGACGAAGAUUGUGGAAGCUCGCCGGGGAUUGUAUGAAGCAAGGCGACUGGGAAAAUCUUCCUGAAUAAGAGGAUGCAGGGGAAGACCUCAAAGAGAGGCAGCCUUAGGAGCAAGAAAAGAAGCGCCAAGAGUUCCUUGAACAGGCACUUGAAGGUCGGAGCCGGAGCUCAAACGCCCUUCUUUUCACUUCCGCAGCAGCCUCCAGCUGACCUUUCUGCUCCCGAAUCCGCUGGGUUCCGAACCGUUCGGGACGAAGAAGUGUGUCCUGCGCCGGGGGUUAAAUCUCAGUUACCUCUGGCGCAGUCGAUUUUGCCCUCGACGUCAUCCGUCGGCGCCGGCGCAGUCACCGUCUCUGAUGCUGGUGUCGAUGAGAAAGAUUUCAUUCUGAGCCAGGAUUUCUUCUGCACCCCUGAUUACAUUACGCCUGAUGCUCCUGCUAUUCCAAAUUGGUUGGAUGAUGAGAAGGUGGAUUUAAUAUGUCCCAACUCACCUGACAAAAGUAAAUCCGUGGGAAGAAAAAGGCAGAAAUUGGAUGGUCUUUCAGUUUCUUUUGUUUCAAAACUUUAUAAUGAGCAACCACCACCUGAUGUUGUAAAUGAUACUUCUGUGGUAGAAGAGACAAAGUCAGAAAACACAACAAAGCCACCAAAGAAUCACAGUUAUGUUUCACAAUCUGCUGUAGCUUUAAGGUGCAGAGUAAUGCCUCCGCCAUGCAUUCAAAACCCAUAUCUCAAGGAUGCUUCAGAAAAAGAUAUUGAUCCUUUUGGAAACCAAAGAUCCAAAUGUGCAGCUUUUUAUCCUGCGGUCUUGGACAAUGAUGGCCUUUCACGCUACCGUACAGAUUUUCAUGAGAUUGAGCAAAUUGGCAGUGGAAAUUUCAGUAAUGUUUUUAAAGCCUUGAGGCGAAUCGAUGGUGUCUUGUAUGCAGUGAAACAUAGUACAAAGCAAUUGUAUUUGGACACAGAAAGGAGAAGAGCUUUAAUGGAAGUUCAAGUUCUUGCUGCGCUAGGAUUUCACAAGAACAUUGUUGGCUAUUACUCUUCGUGGUUUGAGAAUGAGAAACUUUAUAUACAGAUGGAACUCUGUGAUCACAGCCUAUCCAUCCAGAGGACUAAGUUAUACUCUGAAGGAGAAAUAUUAGAAGCAAUGUAUCAGAUUGCCAAGGCACUGCAGUAUGUGCAUGAGAGAGGGGUAGCCCAUUUAGAUGUAAAACCGGAUAACAUUUAUGUGAAAAAUGGUGUUUAUAAGCUAGGGGACUUUGGAUGUGCGACACUGCUUGACAGUAGCUUGCCAAUUGAAGAGGGUGAUGCACGCUAUAUGCCCCAAGAAAUUCUCAAUGAGAACUAUGAUCACCUUGACAAAGUUGACAUCUUUUCAUUGGGUGCUUCUAUGUAUGAGCUUAUCAGAGGUUCUUCCCUGCCAGACGGCGGGCUUCAUUUUCUGAACCUCAGGGAAGGAAAAAUGCCUCUUCUACCAGGUCACUCAUUGCAGUUUCAGAAUCUACUCAAGGUCAUGAUGGAUCCAAAUCCUAUCCGGCGUCCUUCAGCUAAAGAUCUUGUACAUAAUCCCAUUUUUGAAAGGAGACAAAGAUCUGUGAUAAACAUGUAAGCAGUGAUAUGGGUGGGCUCUAUUUUGUGUUUUGGCUUAUUAGAUAUGUAUAUAUAGCCUCCCAGUCUCCCACAGGACAUUUGGCUCCCAUUUCAUAAUUUUGAUUGCGCUAAAUUUGCUGAGGAGUUGUGCAGAGUAUCAGCAUUAUAGAAAGCUGAUACAUGGUUUUGUGAAUUUUGUAUGGAAGUAUAAAAAAACCCAUGUAUCCCUUAUUUUGUGGCAUAUUUUUAAUAAAAAUCUAUUUCAUAA